AAAAAAAAGUGAUUGGGGAGAACAACCUCGCGCGCGCAACACAGGGCUCCAGAAAAUACGCGCGCGCGCGCGCGCACGGGCACAUUCGCGCACACACACACACAAACACACACACACACUGACACUCUUUGGAACCCGAGCGCCUCCAUGGAUAAAAACUAGCUUUUGAAACGACGAAGAAAGGAGGGCAAAAUCUUGGAGACGAGACCCUGAGGAGUCACCCAUUAUUAUUUUUUUUUUUUUGACAGCUGGGUUGAAGGAAUGGGUCGCUGUGCUUGGGGAUGGAGAGAGGCAGCCGACUGAGGAGGUUGUCUUGCAGCAGGAGGACACUUCGCGGCCUUUUCGUCCUCCCCCUCCUCCCCCUGGCUGAGAAGUUGCUUCGCCUCCAUGGUCCUCUCGAGCUCCAACGAAAGGCUGGACGAUUGAUGCCAACGGUCCAGGCGAGACGCUCCAUGGCUUUCCGAGAUUAGGUUAUCCCUUCCUUCCUUCCUUCCUUCCUUCCUUCCUUCCUUCCUUCCUUCCUUCCUUCCUUCCUUCCUUCCUUCCUUCCUUCCUUCCUUCCUUCCUUCCUUCCUUCCCCCAACCCUGUCUCCCCUAUAUUCCACUACCCCUAUUCCCUAAUCCAUCCUUCCUUCCUUCCUUCCUUCCUUCCUUCCUUCCUUCCUUCCUUCCUUCCUUCCUUCCUUCCUUCCUUCCUCCCUCUCCCUCUCAGGAACUUUGUGUAGGUUCCUUGGUUCCUUCCACUUGGAUGGCAUGGAAGUAGGUAGCAGCUGGGCUAGUCUGUGUGACACCAUGCUUUAAAGGAAAAGAACCGGCUUGAAAGGGGGGUGGGUGGGGAAGAGACCACCACCACCACAACUAUCAACCUCCCCGGUCAUUCCAAGCCACAAACAACAUCUGGAAGAAGAAACGGGAUACAAUUGCAGAUGAGGGAACGAUGGGUUUCCAUGUAAUUAAGCAUCUGAGAGGCAUGAGUGCAGUGCUUGUUCUCCUUCCUACUGUGCUGUUUGUGACGUUGAGUGGGGCUCAGCGAGCUUGCCCCAAGAACUGCAGAUGUGAUGGCAAAAUUGUGUACUGUGAAUCCCAUGCAUUCAGAGACAUUCCUCAUAACAUUUCUGGAGGAUCUCAAGGCUUAUCGUUACGGUACAACAGCAUCCAGAAGCUCAAGCCAAAUCAGUUUGCAGGCCUACACCAACUCAUAUGGCUUUACCUUGAUCAUAACUACAUCGCUUCAGUGGAUGAGGAUGCCUUCCAAGGCAUCCGAAGGCUGAAGGAAUUAAUUCUAAGCUCCAAUAAAAUUACGCACCUUCACAAUAAAACAUUUCACCCAGUCCCCAACCUACGCAAUCUAGACCUGUCUUACAACAAGCUACAGGCGCUUCAGUCAGAGCAGUUUAAAGGUCUUCGCAAGCUCCUGAUCUUGCACUUACGAUCCAACUCAUUGAAAACGGUUCCUAUUCGGGUUUUCCAAGAUUGUCGCAACCUUGAUUUUCUGGAUUUAGGCUACAAUCGUCUGCGGAGUUUAUCUCGCAAUGCCUUUGCUGGCCUUUUGAAGCUCACAGAGCUCCACUUGGAACACAACCAAUUUUCUAAGAUCAACUUCGCUCACUUUCCUCGUCUCUUUAAUCUCCGCUCCAUUUACUUGCAGUGGAAUAGGAUCCGAUCCUUAAGCCAAGGGUUGACCUGGACUUGGAGUUCUUUGCACAAUUUGGAUUUAUCGGGAAAUGACAUUGCAGGGAUUGAACCUGGGACAUUUCAGUGCCUGCCAAACUUGCAGAAACUCAACUUGGAUUCCAACAAACUUACUAACAUCUCUCAGGAGACUGUCAAUGCCUGGAUUUCUUUGAUAUCUAUUACACUUUCUGGAAAUAUGUGGGAAUGUACCCGGAGCAUUUGCCCUCUGUUUAACUGGCUUCAAAACUUCAAGGGAAACAAAGAAAGUACCAUGAUUUGUGCAGGCCCUAAGCAUAUUCAGGGUGAAAAGGUGAGCGAUGCGGUAGAAACCUACAACAUUUGUGUAGAAAUCCCAGUGGUGGUCACUGAAAAACCUUACCAGGUCCCUAAAACCCAGCAGAGACCCAUCUUUAUUCCAAAACCCACCAUUCCCAAAGUGGAAGACUAUGAACCAAUAUCUUUUACACCAAGCCCUUCUCCAGAUUUCCCAACAUCUGGACAAGAACCAGAAUAUGAGCAUGUUUCCUUUCACAAAAUAAUUGCUGGAAGCGUUGCCCUAUUUCUUUCAGUGGCUAUGAUUUUGUUGGUCAUUUAUAUUUCGUGGAAACGCUACCCAGCCAGCAUGAAACAGCUCCAACAACACUCCCUCAUGAAAAGGCGUAGGAAAAAAGCCCGAGAAUCUGAAAGACAAAUGAACUCCCCUUUACAGGAGUAUUAUGUGGACUACAAGCCAACAAACUCUGAGACCAUGGAUGUAUCGGUUAAUGGAUCUGGACCCUGCACGUAUACCAUUUCUGGCUCCAGGGAAUGUGAGGUCCCUCAUCAUAUGAAGACUUUGCCCUAUUACGGCUAUGACCAACCAGUGAUCGGAUACUGCCAGGCUCAUAAGCCUCUCCAUGUAAAUAAGGGAUAUGAUACUAUCUCCCGAGACCAGGCUGAAACCACCAACUUGGAGCUGAGUCGAGAUCACAGCUUCAUUGCUACCAUUGCCCGCUCUGCUGCACCAGCUAUUUACAUUGAGAGAAUACCAAACUGAUGGAUCACCUUCUGAAUGAAAAUGAAGAAGAAUGUGUGGGAAGGUUCUUAUUUUCCCCUCUGCAGGGAAAAACGGCCCUUCGAUUCAAGAGUUGAAAGGCGCAAGAAGACAUUUUGAACCGUUCCAGUGGAAAAAAUGUUCUCAACCCAAAACCACAGAAAGAGAACAAAAUGGCAGAUGUCUCACAGAACAUUGUGAAAAUUCAAUCUGGUGACCUAGCCGUACAGAUUGGUGAAUUCCAAAAUGUCCUUUGGUUUUAAACUGUUGAACAAACUUCUCGGUGUAAAUAAACAAACAAAAAGAUUGUUGAGUUCUUAUAUGAAAAAAAAAAGAAGUUAGAUUUCACUCUAGCAAGAUAAAGGGAUGGAUUAAAAGUUGUGUUUGUAUAUUUGAUUUUUCUACAUUGCACGGUUCUGAUGGAAAAGAACCACAGAUGCCACUUUGGGGUGCAGGGGGAGUUGGGAGGGAGGGUCUGCCAAAUACAGAAUGAAGUAUUAUUUCUUUAUAAUUGUUUAUUAGUCUUAGAGGUUUCCUUUAACAUUUCCCCUCUUUUCAAAUUGGAACAUACCAAAUCAAUUUUUUCUCACUUCUUUAUUUCCUAAGAAUGCAAGAUCUGUCUUAUAAAUUCCAAUUCCAAAUAUGGUGUCAAAGGCAUUUAUCGAACCAAACGGACACUGACAAUUCUGUAAAAGAACCAAGAUGCAUAACUGACAAAACUUGGGGUGCAUGUACAUUUAAAACACAUGCUGUACAUUUUCGAUGAGGGGGGUGACUUUUCCUUGAUUUUUUUUUUCUUAUCUUCAUUGUGAUUCAUUGUUGACACUUCUGUUAUGUUUGGGGCUCUUUAAAAAAAGGGGGGGUGAUUAAUGAUGCAAUAUGAGCUCACACUUGAAUAUGGAACUUCUCAAUGUAAGGGAAAGGGUGGACUUUGGUUAUAGAGAUAUGCAUUACAUACCCUACCUGUUGAAAAUUAUUAAGAUGGGCUGACAAAAAGGAUGCUUUGGUGAAAUUUGAAGGAAGAUGUGAUUUAAAAGGGAAAAGUAAAGAAAUCAUGGAAGGAUGUGUAACAUUGUUUGAUUUAUUUUUAAUUAAUUAUUCUGAUCAGUUAGCUUUUGUGUAGUUUUUAUCAAUAAAAGAACAAAAAUGAUGGGGGAAAAUAAACAUAUUAUUUUGUGGUUGAGAUGCCACACCUAAACUAA